GUCACAUGUGUAAAGCAACCUCUAAAAGUGUACCUAGGAGCGUUUCGGUAAAUAACUCUCAGUAAAGCGUAUGGAAUGUUGUAAGUGAGUGAUAACCGGGUGUCUUUUUGACGCUGCCGUAUUGAUUAUGAACCCGGUGUGUGUGAGGCUGAGGUCGUUCAGUUUGCUGCUGGUUAAAGGCAGAGCUCCACCGGCGCUCACACACUGUCAUUCCACCCUCCAGAGGACUGGGUCACAGCUGCACAGACACAUGGCGACCACCUCUGCGAAUAAUAACCACAACACGGAGAGCAGGCAGCGGAAGAAAGCCCAGCAGAAGGAGCCGCUGCGGAGACUCAAGACCAAAGAGAGCCGGAGUAAACGGGGGGACACUCAUGGACCGUCCACCGUCUACGUCCAGGUGGUGGGCGCCGGCAGCAGAGAUAAUGCUGCAUCACUCUAUGUCUUCUCUGAGUAUAACAGGUACCUGUUCAACUGUGGUGAAGGAACGCAGAGGCUCAUGCAGGAACACAAGUUGAAAGCCGCUCAUCUGGACAACAUCUUCAUCACCAGACUGAGCUGGGAGAACGUCGGAGGUUUAUCAGGGAUGAUACUGACCCUGAAAGACACCGGUGUUCCUGAGUGUGUCCUGUCUGGACCUCCACAGCUGGAGAACUAUCUGAGUGCCAUCAAGUCGUUUUCUGGACCGCUGGACGACAUCAAGCUGUCGGUUCGACCGUACACUGAGCAGACGUACACAGAUGACACCAUGACUGUUCUGCAGGUUCCCAUAUUCACCAAGAAAACCAAACUGUCCCCCAGCAGAACGUCAGGAAGUCCUGAUUCAGAUAGACUGGAGGAGUUUCAGGAUGACAACUGUGAACCAGGACUUUUUCCAGAUUCUUCAGGUGAAAAACCAAAACCUACACGAGACCCGUCUUUGACUGUGGCAUUUAUCUGCAGGCUUCAUCCCAAGAAAGGAAAUUUCCUGGUCAUGCAGGCGAAGGAGCUGGGUCUGCCUGUUGGAACGGCGGCGAUCGGUCCGCUCAUCAGCGCUCUGAAAGGCGGGAAGAGCAUCAUGUACGAAGGGAAAGAGAUCCGGCCUGAACAGGUCUGUACUCCCACUGACCCGGGUCCGGUCUUCAUGGUGGUGGAGUGUCCGUCUGAGGCCUUCGUUCAGGCCGUUUGCACUGACCACCAACUACGAAGGUAUCAGACCGGAGGGACCGAGGACCCCCCUGCCCUGGUGGUCCACAUCAGUCCGGAGUCGGUUCUGGACUCGGAUCAGUACAAAGACUGGAUGGAGAGGUUUCCAUCCACCACACAACACCUGAUCCUCAACGAGAACGUGGUGACGGUUCAUAACGUCAGGAGCCACAAGAGCCAGACCCAGCUGAACAUGAUCCACCCGCGGAUCUUCCCACCACUCAGAUCCUACAGAGCCAAGGAGCGUCAGGCUGCCCUUCACGUCCCUAACGUCAGAGCUGAGUGUUUGCUGAAGUUCCAGCUCCGACCUGUGAUGGAAUGGCAGAGAGACGCCGUUCCUCCUGUAACGCAGACGAGUUUGUUUCAAGAAGCGUCUGAGGUUCCGAACUUCAUGGAGGAAGUGGAGAAAUGUCGGAAGGCUUGUUCCGUCGACGCUGCAGAGAUGUCCGAUCGAUACCCAGAGGUGGUUUUCUUAGGAACAGGAUCAGCUCUGCCCAUGAAGAUUAGAAACGUCAGCGGAACUUUGGUCAACAUCAGCUCCACUCAGUCUCUGCUGCUGGACUGUGGGGAGGGAACCUUUGGUCAGCUCUGCCGUCACUAUGGCGACGACGUCGACGAGGCUUUGGCCAAAAUCUCCACCGUCUUCAUCUCACACAUGCACGCCGACCAUCACACGGGGCUGAUAAAGCUGCUGUAUCAGAGGGAGAGAGCGCUGUCGACUUUAGGGAAAGCGUUCAGCCGGGUCUACCUGGUCGGUCCAGGGCGGAUCUUAACGUGGCUCAUGCAGUAUCACUACGCCUGUGAGGAGGUCAUCCACCACAUCAAUUUCAUCCCAAACAGAUCUCUGUGUGACGACGCCGACACGACACAAACCGACGACACAGUCCUUCAUCCGAGCGCUUCUGAAGAAAACGACCUGGAGCAGUUUCAGACGUGUUUGGUUCGUCACUGUAGAAACGCCUUCGCCUGCAGCUUCACUCAUCAGUCCGGAUGGAAGAUGGCGUUUUCUGGCGACACCAUGCCCUGCGACGCAUUCGUACACAUCGGAAAGGAUUCGACUUUAUUGAUCCAUGAGGCGACUCUGGAAGACGCUCUGGAGGAGGAAGCAGUGGAGAAAAGACACAGUACGACGUCUCAGGCCAUCGGUGUGGGGAUGAAGAUGAACGCAGACUUCAUCAUGCUCAACCACUUCAGCCAGCGCUACGCCAAAGUGCCGCUGUUCAGCCACGACUUCACCGAACGAGUGGGAAUCUCCUUCGACCACAUGAGGAUUCACUUUGGAGACUUUCAAACCCCCAGAAUCACUCCCGUUCUGAAAACCCUAUUCGCCAACGACAUCAGCGAGUUGGAGGAGGAGAGAGAGACGGAACUGAGAAAUUCAAAAACAGUCGUCGUCAUGGAGACGGCGGCAAACAAACGAAACCAGGAGGAGGCGGUGACGCACAACAAACAGACGAAGAGACUGAAAAGCAGCUGAGUUUAGCUGAGACUGAAAACCUGCGUUAUCUGUUGAAAUGAACUGGAGUUGGAUUUGGUUUGUGUGGAUGAGUGAAUACUUUGUGUUAUCGAGUCUGAAACGGAGCAAAGACGGGAGGUUGGGUUUCUUUAAACGGAAUAAAGAAAUACCACA